CCAGAUCUGGCCUAGCCCGAGGCGGAAUGACGAUUUAGCGUGCCGAUGCUUGAGAUAUUCGAUACCCUAGAGCUCCUUCAACUUUCUCCGGAAAAGCGACGCAAUUACUCCCACUGUGCCGGACAACCUUGCAAGCAAACUGAGCAGACUUCUUGUCUACUAUCAGCGGAUUCAGAUGCAUUUCAUUGCUUCUGCUAGGUCUAAGCUCCCACGGUCCUUCCUGCCGGAACCCUGAUGAGAGGGGCAGAGGGACAACGUACAACCCUACAACUUCUAAGUACGAGCGCGCCAAGAUAGGCUCAGUUCAGUCCCUAUGGAUCGCAAGAGGAAGCGCGAGCUGCGCGAAUUGAACAGCCGUGCUUGGAAUGGUGAGAAAGGAAUCUACGAAGUCAACAAAUCCCUCGAUUCCUCUCUUAAGAAGAAUACCGCGUUCAUCAAGCGAUUACGAACUGCAGUAUCUCCUGCAACCCUCAGCACCUUCCUACAAGAGAUUCGAACGCUCAGUCUACACAAGUACCUAUCUGAGAUCAUUUCCGCGUGCUAUGAAGGAUUAUGCAAGCUGAAAUCACCUGGUGAAAUUGAGGCUGGGGUGGAAAUCGUCAGCGCAUUACACCAACGUUUCGGACCUACAGAAUUCACCGAGUUCCUAGGAUGGCUUGUGGGGAAGGGUCUAGCUACUCCUGAGAAGUCAGUUCUGAAGACGCUUGCUACUGAAGCCAGGGAGAAGGAGGAGAAAGAGCGCAUCACGCGCCAAAGGGUGCUGUUGAGAGUCGUAACCGAAUUAUGGCUUGUUGGUGUUUUGAGAACACUGGACGAGGUUACCCGCCCAGAUGACGCGUCAAGAGGCAAGGAAUCACUUUCGGGGGCGCCAGGAAAGGCAUCAGAUGCCAAGGCAAAGGUCAAUCCUACAGGAAAGGGUGGCGGUGCGGAACCCUUCCCCUUGGAGGUUCUCAAGGAUCUGCUUGGACACGACAGAGAGCACGCGAAUCUCCCUCUGCUGGUUAUAUUUGUGAAGGCAUUUGGCUGGGAUAUUCUGGGUGUUAAGGAAGCUGGUUCUGAGGGCCGAAAGACUGUGGAGGAAGAUGGGAAUACCAAAAGCACCAAUGGGUCUAUGGAGGCGGACGACGAAUCUUCUGAAGAGCCUCUCCCAGGAGACAACAACUCCGACGACCCACCUCUUGCUUCACCGGAGCUCCAAGAACGAUUCCGCAAUAUUUUGAAGCGCUACUUUGAAGAUGUCCAAGCCCAUCUCAUCCGGGAUCAGAAAUCUAUCAGUAAGCAAGCUCGCAAAGAUGCGGAGGCGUAUGUCAAAUCCGGCCAGGUAUUUGAAGACAGACAAGCAAGUUACGAAAAGGUGGUCAAAGCACAAGAGCGACUUGUCGCUAAUGCCCAGGUUCUUGCAGAUGCUAUUGGUGGAGAAAUGCCUGAUCUCAAGGAUUCUGAAGACAACUCAGCUGGCGGUAGUGGUGGCAUUGGUCUUGUGAAAACUGGCGAGUACUUGCGAGGCGAGGGAGACGGCGCGGGUAUUUGGGAAGACGAAGACGAGAGACGAUUCUACGAGAACCUCGUCGACUUGAAAGGCAAAGUUCCGGGAAUGCUGCUUGAGGAUGGAAAGAAGAAGAAAGCCGACACUGACGAACAAGUUGGCAAGAAAAUUGACUCUGCGGAUGCCUCAGCUGACACCACUUCAACGAUCAGCAAGGAAGAUGACCAGUCAACCGCCAUUGCGAACAAGACUGUUGGCGCCCAGGUCGAUGCUCUCCUGGCACGGCUUCCGGAUCUUACGAACAAGGAUUUGAUCGACCAGGCUGCUAUUGAUUUCUGCUUUCUGAACUCCAAGGCUUCUCGGAAUCGCUUGGUUAAGGCAGUGCAAGAGAUUCCAAAGGGUCGUAGUGACUUACUGCCUUCAUACUCUCGGCUCGUUGCUACUCUAGGCAAAUAUAUGCCGGACGUCACCAAAGGGCUGGUUGAUCAUCUCGAUCAAGAGUUCCGGAGCCUCCAACGUCGAAAGGAGAAGGAAUUUCUGGGGCAGGCUCGAUUGGGAAACAUUCGAUAUCUUGCGGAACUUACUAAGUUCGGCGUUGUGCCAGAGCACGUAAUCUUCCAUUGCUUGAAGGUUAGUCUUGACGACUUUUCAAGAAUGAACAUCGAGAUCAUUUGCAACCUACUCGAGAACUGCGGUCGAUACUUGUUGCGUAACCCGGAGACUUCUCCGCGCAUGACGUCUUUCUUGGAGACCUUGAAACGCAAGAAAUCUGUCCAACAUAUUGGGCAACAGGAACGAAUGCUUAUUGAAAACGCGGUGUAUUAUGUCGAUCCACCAAUCAGAGCAGCCAUUCAGCAGAAAGAGAGAACCCCAAUUGAUCUGUUCAUCCGCAAGCUUAUCUACUUGGAUAUGAACAACCGCAAUUAUACAAAAAUUCUCAAACAAAUUCGCCGCCUUCAUUGGGAAGAGACUGAGGUUGUUGCUAUCCUUGAGAAAAUUUUCUCCAAACCUGGCAAAGUCAAGUAUGGCAACAUUCAUCUGCUUGCUAUCAUAGCCAGUGCGUUGUAUCGAUAUCAUCAAGACUUUGUUACGACCGUCAUCGACAACGUCCUGGAAUACAUCGUGCUAGGUCUGGAACAGAAUGAUUUCAAGUACAAUCAGCGACGAAUUGCAGAAGUCAAAUAUUUGGGUGAGCUGUAUAACUAUCGCAUGGUUGAUCAUCCUGUGAUCUUCGAUACCUUGUAUCGUAUCAUGACAUUCGGACAUGGUGGACCACCAAUCCCAGGUCGUAUUAAUCCUUUUGACAUGCCAGAUGACUUCUUCCGCAUUCGUCUUGUAGCGACUCUCCUCGAGACUUGUGGUAUCUUUUUCAAUCGUGGUGCUUCCGGCAAGAAGCUUGACUAUUUUCUUUCUUUCCUUCAGUACUACAUUUACACUAAAGACACACUUCCUAUGGAUAUUGAAUUCAUUGUGCAGGACGUCUUCGCUUUGACAAGACCUCAGUGGAAGCUUGCUUCAAAUCUGGAAGAAGCUAGUCGGGCAUUCCAACUCGCCAUGGCUCAAGACCAGAAGACUUCUGGGAUUGAUAAAGUUGCCGAACCUGAAGAACCAGACAGUGAUGGAUCUUCCGAUGAUGGCAUUGGUGAUAAUGACCCUGAAACCGGCAUGCCAGAAGCAGAUGCCGAAGAGGAUUCCGAGUCAGAUGAAGAUGUGGAUGCCGAACUCAAUGGCGACCCAAUGCUGUCUGCACCAGGAACUGACUCGGAGGAUGAAGCAAUUGUGGUUACACGAGAGGAAGAAGAAGUCGACCCUGAAGAUGAAGCUGACUUUGAGCGUGAGUAUGCAAAAAUGAUGGCUGAAAGUCUAGACUCCCGAAAACACGAACGCAAAGCCACCUUCGACGUCCCUCUCCCCAUUCGACGCAAAGAUGCCAAUACUGCGGGUGAGUUGCCUGAAGAGACUGUGAAUAGCAGUUCUACUCCUGCAGGCACAAUGGCGUUCUCACUUCUCACAAAACGUGGCAAUCGACAGCAGACUCGCACCGUCGCCCUCCCCUCCGACUCCACCUUCGCAAUUGCCAUGAAAACACAACAGGCGGCCGAGCGGGAAGAGCAACAGCGGAUCAAGAACUUGGUCUUGAACUACGAUCUUCGAGAUGGCGAAGACCAAGAUGGUCUCGAGAAGGCCGCUGGGUUGAACUAUACCAGACCUGAUAAGUCUGUGAACAAUCGCAGUGGCCAGCGUGCUCGGAAGUUGCAGCUCAAUGACCUCGACUGGACAUGAUUAGACUUCUUGUUAAUUGCCGCUGAGCGUUGUCUCUUGGCUGCUAAUAACUAGUACUUCUUCUCUGCUCAUCGAUGCGAAUCACGAGAGUCGACGCUCACGCAUCCUAUGUACGGAUUGUGGGAGGACGGAGAGACUUGAGAAUGGCUCAUCUCGUAGACGGAAAUGGACGGCGAGGUGGUCGAGGUGUGCUUCACUGCGAUACUACACUGUGGCGAACGAUUGAGAUGGGACGUCUGGAUUCGGUUUCGGACUCUCUGUUGGCAAUUGGAGAUGGACGGGAUGGUUGCGAUAUCAGGUGAUGGGAUGCGGAAGUGAACAGCCGGAAGCGGACAAAAAAUUGAGAAGGGGAGCGUGGAUUGGCGGGUUUCUUUUGUGAACUACACAUCUUACGCAUGCUGUCAUCGCCUGCUUUGCGACAAGAAG